CUGAUUUCCCCCCUUAGGGACGCAGGGCUUUGGUAUUUCCCAUUUGUGGAUUCUCCAUCCAAUCAUGCUGGAGAAGGGGCGUUGUCUUACCUGAAUGCCUUUUCUCAGCAUGAUGAUGGAGAAUCCACUCCCUCCCAACUAGGGUCAGUUUGGCCCUGGUUCCAAUAUUAGGAAAGUACACGUGUCGGACUAACGUCUGUGUAUUGCCUUAGUCUCAAACUGGGGUGCUAUGGCACAGCAGAGGCGUAUCGACACUUCAGACUUAGUCUUAUUGGAGCAGGAUUAAGACAACCCAUUUGUGGAUUCUCUAUCAUGCUGAGAAAAGGCGUUCAGGAAAAUGCUCUGAUACCAAUGAGAGAAGAAAAUGGCUCAAGAGUGAAGGAAUUUAUCCUUCUGGGUUUUCCUGGAUCUUGUGAACUCCAGAUCUCGCUUUUUAUAUUUUUUUUCUUCAUGUAUCUCCUUACAAUCAUUGGAAAUGUAUCUAUCAUAGUUUUAGUAAAGAACGUUCAGAGGCUUCAUACACCCAUGUACUUCUUCCUCUGCAAUCUUUCAUUCCUGGAAAUAUGGUACACAUCAGCCUGUAUUCCUAAGAUGUUGUCAAUCCUUGUUGCUCAGAACCAAGCCAUCUCAUUCAUAGGAUGCCUCACACAAAUGUACAUUGUUUUCUCCCUGGGAUGUACAGAAUAUUUCUUGUUGGCUGCCAUGGCUUAUGAUCGCUAUUUAGCCAUCUGUCACCCCUUACACUAUAAUAUCAUCAUGUCUAGAACUCUUUCUGUACAAAUGGCAUUUGGCUGUUGGACAUGUGGUUUCUUAAUUAUUUUGUUUCCAGCAUUCUUUAUAUCUCGAUUGUCUUUCUGUAACUCCAAUGUCAUCAACCAUUUCUUUUGUGACAUUGACCCUUGGAUAGUCCUCUCUUGCACAAGCACUUAUACAGUAGAAAUGGUCUGUCUUAUUCUUUUUGCAAUUGUCAUUGUGGGAUCCUGCAUGAUUACCUUGAUUUCCUAUAUUUAUAUCAUUGCUACGAUCUUAAGGAUUGCAUCAGUUCAAGGACGUCAACGAGCUUUCUCCACUUGCUCUUCCCACCUCACAGUGGUGAUUAUAUGGUAUGGUGCUACCAUUUUCCUUCAUGUCAUACCUUCCAAAGAGCAGUCAAAAGAACUGACAAAAAUAAUUACUGUUUUGAAUACAGUUGUCACCCCCUUGUUAAAUCCUUUCAUUUAUACACUCAGAAAUGCAGAAGUGCAAGAAGCAUUGAGGACUGUACUUAGGGCCUCAGCAAUAAAUUUAAGUAAUAGAUAAAAUAUGGUUACAAAUUAGCUUCACAACACCCAUAAAGGUAACAUUGCAUUGAGUCCUUACAGUGAUAUGUCAACAAAUAGAAAUUAAUUAUUUGCAAACUUAUGGAAUGUUCUGCAAGAUAUCCCAUGGGCCUUUCAUCUAAGUUCUAAUCAUGAUUAAAUAAAUGAAAAUGGAAGACAUUUCUAAACACGUGCAACAUUUUUUUCACUAGAUAUAGAAAAAGGAAUUACAAAAGUUCUUGACAGUAGGUAUGUUAUUUUUAAGAAGGGAACAAAAUUAUUACAAAUUUACUCUCCUCAAUGAAUCAACACUUAUUAAAGAUUUUGCCUUUAGUUCGAUUUAAUGCACAAUAUGAAAGUAUUUGGAGACUCCUAAAACUCUCUGAAUAAAUUAUAUCCAAGAACCAAAUAUUUAAUGAAAAAUAAUUAUAACAAGCUGCUGUUUAUAGGCUUGUUAGUAACUGAUACAGAUUAUUUUCUUCUAAAUAAAUUAUAUUCUCUAAUUACAGCCAGAAUAUAAGCAAGAUAUGAGACUUCCAGUAGAAUGGCUUCACUGAAAGCUUAUACUCCCUUCCUCAUACAUAUCACAGCUGGAGAAUUAAUAGAUCAACAUAGAAUGCCUUAUUCCAAAUGUAUCAUUACCUCUAGUAUACAGUGUGUUUUGUUAAUAGGAAAGCAAAAUAUGACAUUUCAAAUGGAUGAGCCCCAACUCAAGACUAUGUUUUCCAUAGUCUUACAUUACUAUUCUUUCUCUCUCUGAUUCUGAAAAUAAAAUGGAGAAUGAGGGUAACAAAAUUUUUGAAAUAUAAGUUAGAAUGGUAAGAAAAUACUUAAUGAGAUAUUGUCAUUUUAUUAUUUUUUUAAUUAAAUGAACGGAUGGUAUAUAUUGUCACCUGAUAUUUCUGUUAAAUGGAUGAACAGAUACAAAACACAGGGAACUAUUUUCUACAGAUUCUAGUACAUGAAACAUUUUGUCCUUUUUUUUUUUGCAAUUAGUUAGACUAUAAAAAUUAAAGAUUUCUUGAUUACCAAAUUCUAAAACAAUGUGCUAUCCUUUUCCUAAAGUACCACUUCUCUGUAUAACAUAAUAACAGAGUUGGAAGGAAUUUGGAGGCCUUUUAGUCCAACCUCCUACUCAGGAAACCUUAUACCAUUUCAGACAAAUACUUAUCCAAUGUCCUCUUUAAAACAUCCAAUGUUGGGGCAUUCACAACCUCUGAAGACAAGUCACUCCACUUGUUAAUUGUUCUCACUAUCAGAAAUUUCUCCUUACUUCUAGGCUGGUUCUUUCCUUGAUUAGUUUCCAUC